AGAGGAUUGGCCCCCGUUCACGAACGCCCUGCCGCCGACGUUGACCUCGGUGCCCUGCGGCGGCUGCAGUUCAUCGCCGCGGAGUGCCCGGCGAACCGGGAGCGGUGGGGCCCAGAGCGCGCCGCGCGCAUCGCCGCCGCGAUCCGCGCGGAGCCGCUCGAUUGGUUUCUCGCGCUGUCAGAGGAGGCAAAGGACCAUAGGAGUUCGCGCGCAGCCGACGAGACGUGUGCCUCUGCGCCGACGUGAACUACCACCCCGACGCUCGCACGGCGCUGGCCCUGGCCCGCACGGUGUGGCGCAGCCGCGCCGACCGCGUGCUGCUGGUCUCCCGCGAGCACCGCGCCGGCUUUCUGGCUUUCGCGGGUGCGCUGAGGCGGCUGUUCGCCGCCUGCGUGGCGGACCGCGAGCCGAUGGAGUGCGAGCGCAGGGGCACCGUCGGGGUCGCGGAGGAGGAGCGCCACAGCUUGUUCGCGUUCGAGGGCCGCCGGGAGGACGUGUGCUGGGAGGAGGAGAGGCGGCACAUAGAGGCGGCGCUGGGGGGCGCGUGAGUUCGCGCCCGCUCGGCGCAGGGGGAGCACGAGGCACCGCGGAAGGGCCGGAGGCGGCCGAGGGCAGGCAAGCCAACGGCGCGGCACGGUGCCGUGGCGGUCGGGGCUCCCCCGCCGCGGCGGCCGCGGGCUCACGACGGCCUGCGACCCGCACCCCGCGCUCCUGGGCCCCCUGUUCCCCCCCUCUGGACUGUCCUCCUGCUCCCCGUG